UGAUGUAUGUAAACAAUAAAGUCAUAUGAUGCACGAGAGUGGUGGUAACUGUAGAUCAACUCCUCUGUCAGAAUGACACCUGUGCAUAAUGUGCAAAAACUGGCUUUUCAUACCUAUUCAGUGGUCACAACGUGUCCCGACAUGAGACAAACCUUUUGCACCAUAGGUCACUGACAGGGGACUCCCGCGGUCGGGUUCUGGUCCCAGAAGUCGUCCCAUAUUCUCGGACCUACAACCAAAACAAAAGGUUACGAUUUAAAACGGGCCGCUUUCGGUAGUGGUUUAGUGGAUAAGGAAACGCACAAACCAAUUGCAAGCGAGCCAGGCCAUCCCAGGUGAUCACAGUCAGCCAAUCAUGUUUGUGCAUUUCAGUCCGUAAACAUUGAGACUCUUAAGUGAUGGAAAGACUCUGCUCCUCCGGCUCUUAUGGCUCCCAAAUAUUUUAAACUAAUUUAACCAAGAAAGUUUUCUUUAACUGUUUUCAUAAAGCCUUAUUUUUAUGCAUUUUUUUUGUUGCCAAAAUACAAUUAUUAUUGUUUAACAUCUUCAUUAAAGCAUUAGACUAACAACUGAACCACAUCACAGAGAUCAAAUAAAUACAAAGCCAAAAUCUUAACAUUAUGACACUUAUAUAAAAGUGUUCAGUGCAUGUAGAGAAAACAGAGGAACAGAAACAGAUGAGUGAGACCGAGAAAGGAAAGAUACAGUUGUCUGUUAUCUGAGCCAAGGUGUGAAACUGAAGUUAAGCCUUUUAUUUGACCUUUCACAGUUUUGACAUGCAGCUCACUUUUAUUCAGUUAAUGGGGGGACAAUAAACAAACAUAUCUGCUAUCAUAUAUGUUCAGUUCUAUAAAAAUAAUAGUAAGAGUAUAGGAAUAUCACGUGUCAAGACAAAAAUAAAUAGGAGUACAUGAGAUUUAAAUACAGGUGAAAUGCAACAACUCACAAAAACUCACAUGGAGUCUUGACAGUAGUGCCAGGGGCAUUUGCCGGUGGAUGCAAAAAUAUUCAUCUAUUCUUGAGAGUAGACCCUAAGGAGGUCUUCUCAGGCACUACCCUCGCUUCCUUUGCCAUAAGCCCUGAUGUCAACCAUCGUGAAUCGUGAUCACACAGAGCCAUCAAAACAACAGAGUGUGCUGACCACGUUACCCAUCGAUAGCCCCAACAAAAUUAGGAAAGUUCAGCGGCCUUCAAAAGUCCUGGGUGAUGUCACCCAUCUGUCCCGACGAGGGAACGGCCUCAACGUCAUAUUUCAAACCCCGCCAGAUCGCCUUGGUCACCUCGGAGCUCCCAUAUGUAGAAUAUUAGCGAUGUGAGAGCUAAUCUUUCAUGGGUCCAGAUCGGCAGACUGCGUGUGGGUGCAUGCUGAAUGAACGGCGUGAUCUGACAGAUAAGGUCAUCAAAACAACUGGCCGACUUCCUAAAAUAAGAAGCGUGCCUCUCGUCGUCCAUCUCCUCCAUCUGUUGAACCACGACACUGUACUCACCGUGCUCAGCUCUGGUUGUAUUGAGUGGUCAGACACGCUCAGAUUUUUAUCCAUUUCCUUUGCAAUCACAAAUGAUAACAAAUGUUCCUGCUCCUCUGCUUCAAACAUGUUGCUGUUAUAGUUUCUCUGUGAAUCAGUGUCAGACAGGGCUCCCAUGAUGACUUCCCAGAUAUUCUACACUUGAGUUUACAGUCUGUGGUUUCUUGUAAGAUAUGAAUGACCUGGCCAUAAUGUUGUUCUUGUUCUUGCCACCGAGAGAGAACAAACAUAUUUAUCUGUUCUUGGUGUGCUGUAAUAACCCUGUCAUCAUAAUACACUAAUUUUUUGCUGUAAGUUUCCCAUUUGAAAUCGUGUGCUGCUGCUUUAAAUGAAAGUACCAUGUAUCAUAAUUGUGUGAGCAUUUGCCGUUCACAUUUUCCAAACAGAAUGUGUUAAUAAAAGCCAACAGGAGGCAAGGCGUUGUGGCAGUGGUUUUAUUUUGAAUAUCUGCAGCUUCGCACUUCCUUCUGGCGACGUGAGCCGAGAAAACGAACCGAGGUCGUUGUCUGCCGACGAAAGGGCUUCGCUGUGGUAGUAAAACAAAAUGAACACCGUCGAAAAGAAACUGGCGGACUUGAUACGCGAACACCCGAAUCUGUACGACCAGUCCCGGCGGGACUACAAAGACAACCUGAAGGGACAUCUGUCCUGGAAAGAGAUCGCGGUCGCCAUGGGAAAGUCGGAGGAAGAGGUGAAACUGAAAUGGAAAAACCUACGCGACAAGUUCUGUAAAGCGAAGAAGCGACUCGUCAAGAGAAAUGUCCCCCUGCUGGAAGGCGACGAAGACGACAACCCGGUAGAGAGGCAGGUCCCGGUGCUGUACAACCAGCUGGCCUGGCUCAGCGCCUAUGUCAAACCCAGAGUAGAGCGCAGCAUGAGGGAGCCCGGACAGGUAUCUGAAAGGGCAGGUGAACCGGAGGAAGAGGAAGAUAAAGACGAGAAGACACUGUGCAGCUCUGUGCUGGUACCUGUUGUUAGUACAAGUGUUCCUCUUGUGGAGCAAUGUCAAACCAACCAUCACGAUUCAGGACCGUCUCAUAAACGCAAAAGGCAAACAACCACACAGACUGAGAUAAGUUCAGCCGAAGGCCUCACCAACCUCAGAGAUGAAGAUGAACUCUUUCUGCUUAGUCUCCUGCCCUCACUAAAGAGGCUUACCAUUAAAAAAAGAAUGGAAGUGCGGAUGAAAUUCCAGCAAGUGCUUUAUGCUGCAGAGUUUGAGGACCAAAGAGCUCUGAAGGAUUUAUAAGGGACCGUUAUACCAUAUUCACUACAACCCACAAGCAUUCAGCUUGUAAAAAGUUGUGUAUGCUUAAUUUUGCGUCAUCAUCUCUCUUAAAAUAUAUCAAAAUAUAGAUGUUGGAUAUUCACCAUUUUGAAAACACUGAAAACGUUUGGUAAUUUUGACUGUGGUGCAGGGGAGGCAUUUUAUUUCUUACAGUUGAGACAACUGAAGUAAAAAGAGAGGUUAGUUAAUAAGGUACACAUGUGGUUAAAUAUAAAUCAGACAACAGCCCCCUAGCACCCCCUUUCUAUUUAAUGCUCCUAAGAUGCCCUCACUUAAAUUUUGUAUUUGACAGCAUUAUAUUAAAACAUGUUGAGUCAUGUGCAGCAUAGUGGUGCAGUCCUUAGUGCUGUGCCUCACAAUGUAAGAAGCUUCUAGCCUGGACGCCACACCAACCUCCCCACCCACAACACAGAAGACUAACAGUCACAAAGUCUUCCUCAUCAGCUGAGCACUGCAGAGUUUAAUUAGUUUACAACGAAAUGACUGAUAUCUUGUAGGAUUAUUGACUUGCGUGCAGAGGUGUUUUUUUUCUCUGUAGGGACUGAAACAUGCUCCGUAAAUUAAAUCCAAAUGGUGAGCCAUGAGACUCACAUUUUGAUAACGGCCAGAUCUAGCUAUUCCAGACUGGUCUAGCUAUGCCAGACUGUAAGGGUUUUGUGGAGUUUGCAUGUUCUCCCUGUGGCUACGAGGGUUUGAUCUGGGUUUGAUCUUCCUCCCACAGUCCAAAGACUUGCUUGUUUGAUGAAAUGGUGAUUGUACAGUAAAUUCACUGUAGGUGUGUAUGUGAGUAUGAAUGCUGUGUCUGUGUUAACCCUGUGAUGGGCUAGUGUAUCUGUCCAGGGUAUACAAUGAUAGUUGGGACAGGCCCCAGCCCCCCACAACCAUUUAAGUGGUAACAAAUAUUAUCUGCAUAAUUAACCACACAGAAAACUGUGAAAACUUAUAGUCACAAUUAUAUUGACAUUCACAGUCAUUAUGUCAGUGUUUCCGUCAGGACGGACUGACAAGUACCAACUGGUAUUCAAAAAUAACCAAAAGAAAUUCCAGAGUAACAUUUUUAUGUGCUGAUUAGGGUUUUUCUUUUGUUUUGUUAUUGUUUUAACCUUUUGGAAAGUUACAAAACUGUUCAUUUCAUGCAAAUUAGUCCCAGAAUUGCCCAGUUGCCAGUGUUGCCUGACUUAUUUCAGAUAUUUUUUAUAGACUAGACAAAGCUCAUUGUCUACACAUGAAUAGCUUUCUAUUGUAAAUAUUUGACAAAUAAAUAUUUUCUUGUUCC